UGGGCCACUACAAUUCAAGCAGUGUUAAGUCUGUGAAAUGUAUGUCAUGUUGCUUUCUUGUUUUGUCUUGGUCCUACUCAUGCCCGGUUCUUGUUUUACGGCACCCACAUUUAUGCCGAGGCAAGAGAGCUCUCCUUCUGCAGAACCACAGGUUGACUUGAAGCUGGCCAAAGAAUACCUUGAGCACUACUACAAUCUGCAAGAAGAGCCCCUGGGUCGCAUGAAGCGGAGCGGGCCCUUCUUCACCUCCAAGGUGAAAGACAUGCAAAUAUUCUUUGGGCUCAAUGCAACAGGUGUGCUGGAUUCAGACACCAUCGAGAUAAUGAAGACCCCUCGAUGUGGGGUUCCAGAUGUGGAGGAGUACAGCCACCUCCAGGGAACACGGUGGAACAAGAAUGUCCUCACCUACAGAAUUGGCAGGUACACCAGAGAUUUGCCUCGCAACACUGUGGACUUUCUGGUUGAGUCAGCUUUCAGCGUUUGGGCCAGAGCCAGCAGUCUGAGGUUUGUCAGGUCGCCCACCCGCAACGCUGACAUCAUGGUGGAGUUUGUGACCUAUGAACAUGGUGAUUUGUAUCCAUUUGACGGACCCAGAGGCACACUGGCUCAUGCUUUCGGGCCAGGGCCUGGCGUUGGAGGGGACACGCACUUUGAUGAUGCUGAGCACUGGACAGCAAGAGAGACAGGUAUUAAUCUGUUGGCGGUAGCUGCUCAUGAAUUUGGUCAUGCUUUGGGCCUGAAGCACUCCAGAAAUCCACAGUCGUUGAUGUACCCGAACUACAGAUCGUCCCGUUCAGCCAAGCUAUUAUCCAUAGAGGAUGUAGUAAAUAUCAACACACUUUACAGUCCAGUCAGAGGGAACCCAAAUUACUUUUCGAGGUUGGGUUUGAGCUCUCAGAAUAACCCCUGGCUGUCUGGGUCGCUGCUUCCUCAACUCAUGCAGAACAAAUGUGCCUCAGACAUGACCUUUGACGCGGUGUCCACUAUUGGGGAUGCCACCUUCUUUUUUAGAGAUAGAUACCUCUGGAUUAAACAUAAUGAGCAAGAUGACAUCAAGGAAGGUCCCAUCACCAACUUCAUGCCAAAGAUUGAAACCAGCAUCGAUGCAGCCUUCUGGGUGCCUCGCAGAUCCGCUGCUUACCUCAUUCAUGAAUCCAUGUUCUGGACAGUGAAAGGCUCUCUUGUGAGGGGAAAGCCACGAGCACUAAGCCACUUUGGGUUUCCAGCCUGGGUCCAGGACGUUGACGCAGCAGUCCACAUAGUGAAAACUGGGCGCACACUUUUCUUUAUGCAUGAUAUUUACUGGAGUUACAAUGAAAACCGAAGGGUUAUGGAUUUUGGUUACCCAAAGUACAUCAUCGAGGACUUCCCUGGAGUCAACACAACAAUAAACGCAGCUGUGUACAAAGAGGGUUUUAUCUACUUCUUUGACGGACCACAAGUCUACAAAUACGACUACUCCCAGAAACAGGUUGUCGGAGUUGAGAAAGCAAAUUCCUGGCUUGGAUGUUGAAAUACUUUGAAGCCAUGAUCACGCC